AUGACAGCGACGAGAGGCGAGUGCGAGGUUAGUCCGUGUCCGUGCGCUCUCCAAGGCCGUCCAAACAAUCGGGCGUCAGUACGAGGCGUCAGUACGAGGCUUCAGUACGAGAGGCGUCAGUACGAGAGGCGUCAGUACGAGAGGCGUCAGUACGAGAGGCGUCAGUACGAGGCGUCAGUACGAGGCGUCAGUACGAGGCGUCAGUACGAGAGGCGUCAGUACGAGAGGCGUCAGUACGAGAGGCGUCAGUACGAGGCGUCAGUACGAGAGGCGUCAGUACGAGGCAUCAGUACGAGGCGUCAGUACGAGAGGCGUCAGUACGAGGCGUCAGUACGAGGCGUCAGUACGAGGCGUCAGUACGAGAGGCGUCAGUACGAGAGGCGUCAGUACGAGGCAUCAGUACGAGGCGUAAGUACGAGAGGCGUCAGUACGAGGCGUCAGUACGAGAGGCGUCAGUACGAGGCGUCAGUACGAGGCGUCAGUACGAGGCGUCAGUACGAGGCGUCAGUACGAGGCGUCAGUACGAGGCGUCAGUACGAGGCGUCAGUACGAGGCGUGUACGAGGCGUCAGUACGAGGCGUCUACAGGUCAGUACGAGGCGUCAGUACGAGGCGUCAGUACGAGAGGCGUCAGUACGAGGCGUCAGUACGACGAGGCGUCAGUACGAGGCGUCAGUACGAGGCGUCAGUACGAGGCGUCAGUACGAGGCGUCAGUACGAGGCGUUUACGAGGCGUCAAUACGAGGCGUCAGUACGAGGCAUCAGUACGAGGCGUCAGUACGAGGCGUCAGUACGAGAGGCGUCAGUACGAGGCGUCAGUACGAGAGGCGUCAGUACGAGGCGUCAGUACGAGAGGCGUCAGUACGAGGCGUCAGUACGAGAGGCGUCAGUACGAGGCAUCAGUACGAGAGGCGUCAGUACGAGGCGUCAGUACGAGGCGUCAGUACGAGUACGAGAGGCGUCAGUACGAAAGGCGUCAGUACGAGGCGUCAGUACGAGGCGUCAGUACGAGGCGUCAGUACGAGGCGUCAGUACGAGGCGUCAGUACGAGGCGUCAGUACGAGGCGUCAGUACGAGAGGCGUCAGUACGAGGCGUCAGUACGAGGCGUCAGUACGAGGCGUCAGUACGAGAGGCGUCAGUACGAGAGGCGUCAGUACGAGGCGUCAGUACGAGGCGUCAGUACGAGGCGUCAGUACGAGGCGUCAGUACGAGGCGUCAGUACGAGGCGUCAGUACGAGGCGUCAGUACGAGGCGUCAGUACGAGGCGUCAGUACGAGGCGUGUACGAGGCGUCAGUACGAGGCGUCAGUACGAGGCGUCAGUACGAGAGGCGUCAGUACGAGGCGUCAGUACGAGAGGCGUCAGUACGAGAGGCGUCAGUACGAGGCGUCCGUACGAGAGGCGUCAGUACGAGAGGCGUCAGUACGAGAGGCGUCAGUACGAGGCGUCAGUACGAGGCGUCAGUACGAGAGGCGUCAGUACGAGAGGCGUCAGUACGAGGCGUCAGUACAGUACGAGGCGUCAGUACGAGGCGUCAGUACGAGGCGUCAGUACGAGGCGUCAGUACGAGAGGCGUCAGUACGAGGCGUCAGUACGAGAGGCGUCAGUACGAGGCGUCAGUACGAGAGGCGUCAGUACGAGGCGUCAGUACGAGAGGCGUCAGUACGAGGCGUCAGUACGAGGCGUCAGUACGAGAGGCGUGUACGAGGCGUCAGUACGAGGCGUCAGUACGAGGCGUCAGUACGAGGCGUGUACGAGGCGUCAGUACGAGGCGUCAGUACGAGGCGUCAGUACGAGGCGUGCACGACGGCGGAGAGCAAAGUCGAAAAUGAGCCGGACUCGGAGGAAAUCUAUCUCCUGCCCGAUUUAA